GAACCUGGCUCUGGUAAUUGAUUAGAUGCAUAGGCCUACUUAAUCAAAACAAAAGACUGAUUUCAUGAUGGUGUAUAAAAUCAAUAGGCCUUAGACUUAGACUAGCGAGUAUAUAACUGUACUCCUAUUUCAACUUUUUUUUCGCUGACGAUGUCUGUUAUUACAGAUGGAAAAUAAACGCGGGGAUAAGGGGGGGGGGGAGCUCUAAACAAACCCUUCUCCUUCUCCUUUUCCCUAUUCUUAACACCAAAAGUUUGUCAAGACAUACGACAUGUAUAUUGUUCAAAGAAAAAGAGACUAGGGACACAACUAAAUCAAUAGUACAUUAAGCUAGAUCUUCACACAAAUCUAGAUCGAGGUCUAAUCUACUUUGACCUCAAGCAGCUGACUUCUCUGCAUGGCCUGCGUCGGUGUCCUGUUGCGGUGACUCUUACAUCAGAGCUUGGCGCAGACAAGGGUCGACAAGUUUUCUAUUGUGAUGCAAUCGAAGCAUACAAAAUGUACACUAGGUCUAAUCAACCGAGUAGGUUUCACAGAUAAAUGCGUUAUAAAUCAAACGUUUCGUCAUUUUAUCAUUUUUAGAUCAUAUUUGUACGUAGAGCCCUAAACACAUCCUUUAUUAGCUUUUAAUUUUUAAACUUUUGCUUGCCAAUGACUUAUUUACACACGAGUCCAUGCGCUGAGACUCUCUGCCUAUCUCCCUCUCAUCCCCAUCCUGAUUUCAUUUUCCAGAAAGAGAGCUGAGUUGCCGUAGAACAAAAACCGUCAUUAGUACCUCAAGUAAGUAUUCUGAUAUGUAUACAUUCGGUUAGGUAAGCUGAAAGAAAUGCAUCGCAACUGUGGGCCAACAUAACUUGCAAUACCGAUAAUACAAGAUUCACAAGGAUCAUCUUGCGUCAUGAAGCAUGUAAGACAAUAAAUGAACCGUACUUGAUAGCCUGGCUUCAUUUCUUCUUUUUUUUGUGUUUUUUUUUUGUAAAUAAGACGUCCCACGCGUUCAAGUGGUCGACAGCGACUGACGACAAUACUGGACACUGGACGCAGCACAGCUACACGAUACACUGAGCGACACUCACAAACACUGUGACAGACGACACGACAAGUGAACAGAGACGCAACAAGAGAAAUAUCGCCACAUUGUGAAAUUAUGGUGUAUUGUUUUCACUCGCCAGACCGAGUGAGAUCAGAAUGCACUUUUUUUAAACGACCUUCGGGUAUAACUGCCAACUUGCCCAAAAUGAGAACCAGUUUCGAAACAUUCCUCUCCGUCGGCCUGGGUGUGGGAGAAUUCCUUCCCGUUAAGGUGUCUCCAGCCAACUUGCUGUAUCAAAUGUUACCUCAAACGAAACUGAAAAGAAACGAAGGGGUUGCUGCUGCUUUGGACGCAUCGGUUUUCUCCAGCGAGAUCUUAAUCGUCUGUUUCGUUUCGUGACCUGAGUUCCAAGCUAUACUCUCAGUCUGCCGAGAUCAGAUCCUGGCUGUUGACUGCAAUGGCAGUGUUUCAAAAAGCUUCCUUAUCCAACGACCGCGCUCCUAUCGUCAAAGCGCUGGGAAAGAAGAGGACGGAACAGUCUGUCUCGGUUCACGGAAUCAUAUUAUCUGAGUCGUCUAUUUUUAGUCAAGUCCCUCCCUCCCCGUGACUGCUUGACGCCGAGGUUUCACGCUAAGAGCCACUUGUGAAAGAUCAAGAACAUCGUACAAUCCACCGGCCAACGUAUAUCUAGGGUCUAGAACUUGAUCUCUAGAUCCAUACAGUAAGCUAUAUCAAGCUUUUUUUGUGAAGUUAGAACUUUCGAAAUAAAAUUAUGGCCAAGUGUCAAUCUGGAACUUUUACGACAUUUUUUUUCCUUUCAAUACUGUGGAGGAUAACAUGCGCUCAGAGCCUAUCGGACGUCGUAGAGUCAGAUCAAGAAACUUGUUACUGUGUCCAAGAAUUGCUGUAUGGGUUAAAUGGGCCGCUGUCCAUGUCUUUCUAUCUCGAGAGUGGUGUCCAGAUGGCCGUUGUGGUGGAGCAGAUGGGCAUAGCUGGGGUGUACAGCAUGAGUGGACAGAGGGUCCGACCGUUUCUGGACAUCAGUAGUAGAGUGGUCAUCAGUAAUGACAACGGAGAGAGCCGUGGACUAUUGUCGCUGGUGUUCGAUCCUCUCUUUAACGGCACUGGAAAUGUUUACGUAUACUACAUAAGGAGAGUAAACGACAAAGAGUACGCAUAUGUGAGUGUGUUUCAAGCUAGAGACGGGACAGUAGACCCAAACUCGGAGAAAUUUCUGCUAAGAAUUUUCCAGCCUUAUCAGCACGGAAACGGAGGCCCGAUGCUCUUUGGCGACGACGGCUUCCUUUACAUCUUCACUGGGGAUGGAGGAGAAGAGGACGACCGCAGUGGAAAAGCGCAAAGCAUGAACACGCUGCAUGGCAAAGUUCUCCGCAUACAGGUUAUGGAAGGGCAGGAUUUCUUGCCUGGGGAAGCAGGCCCAGCCAAGCUGUACGCCACACCGGACACUAAUCCUUUCAAAGGAAGCCAGGAUGGUGGAGAUGAAAUUUACGCCCUGGGUGUCAGAAACAUGUGGGGCUGUUCUUUGGAUUCCGUAAGGAGAGGAGGUUCUGGCAGGAUAUUCUGUGCUGAAACUGGCACAGUUCUAUUUGAUGAGAUUGUCGUCAUCGAAGAGGGUAAAAACUACGGUUGGCCAAUAAAGGAAGGAAACGCCUGUUACAAAGCAUCUACUUGCUCUCCAAUUGUAAACGAGGGUUUGCCUAUCUUCGAGUUCGCCCACAAAGAUUCCCACGCCCUGGUGGGAGGCUAUGUGUACAGGGGCAAACUCUUCCCCUGGAUGUCCAAACAUGUCCACUACGCCUAUGGUGACGUGCUGCACGGGAAGACAUAUCUCCUUGAGGAAAGCAUCGGGGGAGUCUGGACAUCUCGUAACUGGUCACAAUGCGACCUUGAAAAGUGCCCUUCGACCUCCAAAGCAGUCCUUCUAGAUAAUUUACGAGCAUGGGGCCAAGAUAUGCAAGGUGAGCUCUAUCUACUGAUGACAAAGGAUUUGGUCGCUACAAAAGCCACAGGGAAAGUAUUCAAGAUCGUACCACCGUCGAGGUGAGGGAAUUAAAAUUUAGUAUUUUGGGGAAAUUCCCACAA